AUGUCCGAGGACUAUAAGCGUAACAGUGCAUCAACCGCGGUGGUCGAUCAGAUGGUUUUGAUCGAUAUUAGGAAAAUGCUUCAGUCAAUGGGUAAGGAUAUUAAGUCAUUUCCUCUUCCAGAUGUUGACGACAUGUAUGAUGAUGCUAAUGGUAUUCCCCGUGAGAUAUUCGAGGAGGCAAACAUUGAGGCGAACAAUGACGAUGUAGCUAUGGUGGAGACUCUAAACGUAGAGCAAAGGGAUGCUUAUGAUGUCAUCAUGGCCGCUGUUAACAAUGAUAAGGGUGGAUUAUUCUUCGUUGAUGGACCUGGUGGGACUGGGAAGACAUUCUUGUACAGAGCGUUACAUGCAAACCUACGUCACCAAAACAAAAUUGCAGUGGCUACAGCUACAUUUGGUGUUGCAGCCUCCAUAAUGCCGGGUGGCAGGACAUCCCACUCUCGUUUCAAGAUCCCGCUGACCUUAGAAGAAGGUGCAUCUUGUAGUUUUACUAAACAAAGUGGUACUGCUAAAUUGCUACAGACAGCAUCUCUAAUAAUAUGGGAUGAAGCUUCUAUGACAAAGAGACAAGCCAUUGAGGCACUAGACAAUAGCCUACGAGAUAUAAUGAACUGUCCAAAUAUGCCGUUUGGUGGGAAGACUGUUGUGUUUGCGGGGGAUUUCAGGCAAGUCCUACUAGUUGUGCGGAAAGGGUCCAGGGCUCAGAUAGUUGAUGCUUCGUUGCGGAGGUCGUAUCUUUGGGAGUACAUGCACCAACUUAAGCUGGUACGCAACAUGAGAGCACAGAAUGAUCCAUGGUUUGCAGAUUAUUUGCUGCGCAUCGGUGGAGGUAUAGAGGAUGUUAAUUGUGAUGGAAACGUUCGUCUACCAGAUGAAAUUUGCGUGCCAUAUGCAGGAGGUGGCAAAGCCCUUGAUACACUGAUCGAAAGCAUCUUUCCAAAUCUAAAUGAAAACAUAACAAAUAAGGACUACAUCACUUCUAGAGCAAUUCUGUCCACACGUAAUGACUGGGUGGAUGGGAUUAAUAUGAAGAUGAUUGGUAUUUUUCAUGGUGGGGAGACAGAAUAUCACAGUUUUGAUUCUGCCAUAGAUGACCCACAUAACUACUAUCCCGCAGAGUUUCUGAACACAUUGACGCCCAAUGGACUGCCUCCGCAUGUGUUGAAGCUAAAGAUCGGAUGUCCAAUUAUAUUGCUUAGAAAUCUCGACCCCGCAAAUGGAUUAUGCAAUGGAACAAGGCUGGUUGUACGUGGAUUCCAAAGGAACACCAUAGAUGCAGAAAUUGUGUUGGGGCAACAUGCUGGAAAGCGGGUUUUCCUCCCUCGCAUACCAUUGUGCCCAUCCGAUGAUGAAAUGUUUCCGUUCCAAUCUAAGAGAAAGCAAUUCCCUAUCAGGCUUAGUUUUGCAAUGACAGUGAACAAGUCACAGGGGCAGACAAUUCCUAAUGUUGGUGUUUACCUACCUGAACCUGUGUUCUCUCAUGGCCAAUUGUAUGUUGCAAUGUCUCGCGCUACUGCCCGUGUUAACAUCAGGAUUCUUGUUGUUCCACCUAAUGCUUAG